AUGUCGUCGAGAUUGGUGCUCGUGCUCGGCGACCUCUUCAUUCCGGACCGGGCAAUUGUGAGCGCUUGUUGUGAUCUGACAUGAAGCACCGGCCAAGCUGACCGGCUGGCUAGGACAUUCCCGCAAAGGUAUACACAUCAUACCUCAAUGCUUUGCACAUGUACUGAGAGUGUGAACAGUUCAAGAAGCUCCUCACACCCGGAAAGAUCGGCCAGGUACUAUGUCUCGGCAACCUUACCUCUCCCUCCGUAUAUGCCUUCCUCCGAACGCUGGCGCCCGAUCUGCAGCUCGUCAAGGGUGACUUCGAUAUCCCGCUCACGACGACAGCUCCCGCUGCGCCCUUCCAGCAAGGCCAACAACCUCAGAGUACUGCCGCAGAAGCCACAUUUCCAAUCCCGACUGCAUUGAGCAAGGUGGUCACUCACGGCAGCCUGCGCAUCGGCUUCACUCACGGCGACUCGAUCAUUCCCCCAGGCGACCCAGAUGCUCUCCUGAUCGCCGCACGACAGAUGGAUGUCGACGUGCUAUGCUGGGGCGGCACAUGCAAGUUUGAAGCGUAUGAGAUGGAGGGCAAAUUCUUCGUCAAUCCCGGCUCCGCAACAGGCGCUGUGAGCUGGCUCGACGAGACAUUGCCAGAGCAAGAAGAGGACGAGAACAACAUACCCAGCUUCGUGUUGAUGGACGUGCAAGGGGACGUGCUGGUGCUGUAUGUGUACCAGCUGAAGAAGGAUGCAGAGGGUAAUGAGAAUGUCGGCGUGGAGAAAGUGUCUUUUCGGAAGAACUAG